AUAAUAAAUAAUUUUUGCAUAAAUCGAUGGAUAAACAUAAUUAUAACGAUGAUAAUGACAACACUAAUGACGACCAAUCAAAACGGUUAUGUAAGGAACAGCCAAAAGUUGAACAAUUUAUGGAUCAGCUAACCAAAAAUAAUAUAGUUGGCACCGGUACCUAUGGUAUAGUCUAUAAAGUCCAGUGCCCCAACACAUCUAAGUAUUAUGCAUUGAAAAAAACAAAACUUUUAGAUGGAUAUGAUAGUAGUGUUUGGGACGAUGAGAUCGAUUAUCUGAAAAAAGCCAGUUCCCUAUAUGUGACCAACUAUUAUGAUCAUCAGGUACGCGAUGGCCAACUGUUUAUAGUAAUGGACUAUUCGGCCGGUAGUAUUCGCAAACUAUUGGCGGCCAAACCCGGUAUAUGUAGGCGCCAAACGGAUGAUCCCAUUAGUAAACCCGAGUAUUAUCUGACUGGUAUGCUAUUCCUUAGGGCACUGGAAGCCGUAGAGCAUAUACACGGGUUAGACCCGCAAAUCAUUCACCGGGAUAUCCGACCGGAAAACAUGUUAAUUGAAUUCAAUGGUUUCAAUAAUAGUUAUGUCAAACUGAUUGAUUUCGGUAUAGCCACCCAUCACUAUCGUUCAGGCGAUAAUUGGAAACAUACUACCGAUCAGGGAUGUGGACACUAUACGGCUCCCGAAGUAGUCAAUGGUCUGCCAUAUGAUCAUCGAUCAGAUAUCUACAGUCUGUCCAUUGUCGGUGCGGAACUGUUUGGUAUCGGUUAGGAUGUAUUGAAAGCUAAAGAUCCUACUAGGCUUAGGCCGGGUGUCUAUUGUCGGGAACGAUUGGAAAAGCUAUUCCAUUGGUUGUGUCGUAUGAAUAGCCCGGAUCCGGCUGACCGGCCCGAGUGUACCGAAGUUGUUGCCGAUUACGGCAACUGGAACUUCUUGAUGGAGGACAUAAUGAUAACAUGGAUGGCCAACUAUAACCAGCAAUUUUUAGAUUUGGUACCACAAUCAACAGCUGACGAGCCCAAUGAGCUAAACGUAUUAGUUAGGGCUGGUCUCGACCGACACGCCAGUCUC